UUAAAUAAGGUUUAGAAUGCAGUAGCCUACUUUGACUCGUAAUGGAGUUUUUCUCAGUGUGAUAUUAGUAGUAGACAGUAGUAAAAAUUAGUAAAGGAUCUGAAUACUUCUUCCACCACGGCCCUUUAAUGGAGCUAGCAAAGAGCCAAGCUGCAAUAUUGAUACUGGGGGGUUUGAUUUAGGAGGCAGUCUAACCAACACCUGUCAGGAGACAUUUAAGUCUUGUAAAAAGUAGACUCCAGUACCACACUAACGUUAUAUCUCUGGUCAGCUUUAGUCUGGAACUUUCUUUUGGCUACCUGUUAACCUAGCUGUCUGUCUGGGAGGAGGCAGCCACUUUCUUCAUUAGGUCUCCUUUAAGCCUCUCUCCCCGGCUGCCCCUCCUCGUUCGCCAGCAUGACGCUCCCUCCGCGCGCACACAUUCUUUCCCUCCCUCUCUAACUUUGUCUCGUCCCUGAAGUAAACUUUUCAACCAUUAUUGAUAAUCUUUCCAAAAUCACUGCUGUGACGGGAAGAAAUGCCUGUUGUGAGGACGGGAACACGGACUUGUGAGCACCGUUUCUGACAGCUGAGCUCCUUAGGCUAUGCCCCAGUCCCCUCUCUGAUGAGACGAUGAGAACCCACACCCGCGGGGCCCCCACAGUCUUUUUCAUAAGUCUACUGUGGCCCCUGCUCGCCCCAGUGGUGGUGGCGGCAGCGGAAGUGGACCCCAGUGGAGGAAUCCCCUUCAUGGGAGGCAACUAUGAUGGUCAUCCCAUGCUGUACUUCAGUCGGGGGGAUGUGGAGGAGAUGCAGUACGCUGCCGCGGGGACUCAUCAGGACAUGGCGAGGAGGAUCCGUGAGGCUGGUGAAACCAUGCUGGAGCAUCCCGAGGAGUACCUGCCCCCCUGGAGCCCCGUAGAGUUUAGUGCUCGCUGGAACGAGGUGUAUGGAAACAACCUGGGUGUGUUGUCCAUGUUCUGCCUGCUGUAUCCGCACAGGGCCGGGGCCCUCGACCUGGCCAAGGACUACAUGGAAAGGAUGGCAGCUCAGCCUAGUUGGUUGGUCAAAGACGCCCCCUGGGAUGAAGUGCCUUUGGCGCACUCUUUGGUUGGGUUUGCCACUGCUUACGACUUUCUGUACGAGUACUUGAACAAGGGCCAGCAGGAGCGUUUCCUCCAGGUGAUCGGCAACGCGUCACGCCUGAUGUACGAGAAGUCCUACGUCCGAGGCUGGGGGUUCCAGUACCUGCACAACCACCAGCCCACCAACUGCGUGGCUCUGCUCACAGGAAGCCUGGUUUACAUGACCCAAGGUUACCUCCAGGAGGCCUACCUGUGGACCAAGCAGGUCCUGUCCAUCAUGGAGAAGUCCAUGGUGCUUCUGCAGGAUGUGACAGAUGGCUCCCUGUAUGAAGGAGUGGCCUACGGGACUUACACCACCCGUUCCUUGUUCCAGUACAUGUUUCUGGUGCAGCGUCACUUUGCCAUCAGCCACUUCGACCACCCCUGGCUCCUUAAACACUUCGCCUUCCUGUACAGAACGAUCCUGCCUGGAUUUCAGCGGACUGUAGCCAUUGCAGAUUCCAACUACAACUGGUUCUACGGGCCAGAAAGCCAGCUGGUCUUCUUGGACCGUUAUGUGUUGCGUAAUGGCAGUGGAAACUGGCUGGCCAAUCUGAUUCAUCAAAACAGGGUGAUGGAAGGGCCAGGGCAGGCUGGCAAAGGCCAGAGAUGGUGUACUCUCCACACAGAGUUCAUCUGGUAUGACCCGGGCCUGAUUCCCAAGCCUCCAUCGGAUUUUGGAACAUCUCAACUCCACUACUUCGAGGACUGGGGCGUGGUCACGUACGGCAGUGCUCUACCUGCAGACACCAACCGCUCCUUUCUCUCCUUCAAGUCGGGGAAGAUUGGGGGGCGUGCCAUCUUUGACAUCGUUCACAGGAACAAGUACAAGGAGUGGAUCAAAGGGUGGAGGAACUUUAAUGCUGGUCACGAACACCCUGAUCAGAACACUUUCACUUUUGCACCAAACGGUGUCCCAUUCAUCACUGAGGCACUGUACGGACCCAAGUACACUUUGUUGAACAAUGUGGUGUUGUUUGGCUCGGCUGUGUCAGGGAGUUGCUUUAAGCCGUGGGCUGGACAGGUUACAGAAGCCUGCGAUUCCAAGUGGUUAAACUACAAGGUGGGGCUGGCAGCUGAUGCCCAGGGCAGAGUAGAAGCAGCUAUGGAGAGACAGGGAAUGGUCUUCAUCCGUGGUGAGGGACAUUCUGCUUAUAAUCCAGAGCUGAAGAUCAGGAACUUCCAGAGGAACCUGCUACUUCUUCACCCACAGCUCCUGCUCCUCGUGGACCACAUCCACCUGGAUGCCGACAGCCCAACCAGGGCCAUGAGCGCCUUCUUCCACAACACAGAACUUCCGUUCCAGGGUACAAAGGUAGAUGGUGUUCAUGGAGUGUUUGUAUCACACGGUGAAGACAAGUAUAAGAUGUUCUGGAUGGAUGACACAGGCUACAGCAACAAAGGAGUGGUAGGAUACUGGAACUACCCUCGAGGGUACCCGUAUAAUGGCUCUAACUUUGUGAACGUCACAAUGCCAUUGAGGUACCCGCACACCAGGGUGGCCUACAUUUUCUUUGGACCAGGCGUGGAUGUACAGAGCUUCAGUCUGCGUGGCGAUGACCAGAGAGUGGACAUUUACCUGGCCACCAAGGAACACUCCUACACCAUCUACCUGCUGACCGGGGAGGUCACCAGCAAGCCUCUGUUUGCCAUGGUGCUGCUGGACCACAAGAAGAUCGUGUUCGAGAAGACGCCGGCUGAGGCGGACAGCUCGCCCAAAGAAGUAGAGGAGUAUGUCAACGUGAUGGAGGACAACCUCCAGCACGUCAAGCCUGUCUUCCAGCAGAUGGAGAGACACAUCCUAGGACGGGUUCUCAACACUGCCAGCUUCCGUAAGACUGCAGAGCGCCUCCUUCAGUUCUCCGACAAGAAGAAGACAGAGGAGGUCAUCAAGAAGAUGUUUUCUAUGUCUAACAAACAGGGCAAGGGUAAAGGGGGGAAGAAAGUGAACCUUGGGGAGAAGCUUUCUGAGAAUCUACCUGACAUUUUUGCACAGAUUGAAGUGAAUGAGAAGAAGGAGAGACAGAGGACUUCGAAGCGUACAUAUGAGGACAGUCCAGAGGAGGGGGAUACAGACUCACGGGCCUUUAUAGAUUAUACAGACGGCCGCAAAAACAGAAAGGGGGGCUUUGUCAAGGGCCGCAAAUUCAAUGAGGUUCUCAUGGUGGCCACUGCAGGGAGCGAGGGUCUCUCCAGCACGGCCUCCUACAUAAGACUCUUUCUCCUCCUGAACACUGCCACCUUCUUCCUGCUGCUGGCUGUGUUACUGACUCGCUUUCAGAGGGGUCGAAGCUUGCACACGCAGAGAUGUUUCUACACCGUCCUCCUGAUCGACUGCUUCAUCUUACUGUACCUCUACUCUUCCUGCUCCCACACACAGUGUUAACAUCGGGAGCAUGUCCGGGCCUUCCCACUACACACGACCUGUUGUUCACGGUGAACUAAAUGCACCCCACACCUCAGUCUGAGCCGGACCUUACGACAGAAUAUUAGGACCACCGUUAGGGGGAAAAAAUGAGAUUUCAAGAAAAAAAGGUAGAUUUUCAGAAACUUUUACAAAAGUCAUAAUGUUACGUGAUGCUUAUUUAAAUACUGAUUUCUACUUAUAUCUUAGUCAUAUGCAGUCUUGUUUUAAUAUUAUGACUUUUAUCCCCAUAAUAUGAUUUUUAGCAUUAUAUAAUUACUUAUACUUGCAUACUGUUAGAACUUUUAUUCCAGUAACGUUAUUAUUUUUAUACCCCAAAAAUAUUGUGACUUUAUUCUUGAAAUCUCAGAUGUUUUUUUCUAACAAUGGCCUAAUACCUGUAAGAUCUACCUAAUGGGUGUUCAGGAAAAACAACUGAUUCCAAAUAGGAAUUGAUGAAUUGCCAAGAUGAAACCAGACCACCUGUGCUGUAAUAAGCUUCUGUGGAGCUUUAGAGCGGAGUCUGAGUCAAGUUUGUCCUUUGUAGUGUUCAGAGGUCCUGCUGUGUCUCAGACCUCAAGGUUAGCCACUAUAAAACAGUUGCCUCACCUGUACUUGAGAUUGGUCCUGUCUACAUAGUUGAUAGAAAUACAUUUAAAUGUAUAUAUGUGAAAGCAAGAUAUAUUUUUUUGGUCAUUUUUUUACCAUUUGUAAAUAAAAUUACUACCUGCAUAGGUGGGCAUCCAGUGUGUGUUGUGUCGAGUGAAUGACAAUAAACUAAAUAUCUUUGGGUUGUGGACAGAACAAGACAUGUGAGGAUAUCAUCUUGAGCUUUGGUAAACACCGAUCCACAUUUGUCCCGGUUUUUCCCUGUUUUCUGACAUUUUAUACACCAAACAACAAUGAAAAUACUUGUUAGUUGCAGAGCUCCACAAACUGCAGCUUUGGAUAAAGGGUCUUUUUAUUGUGCAUGCUGGCUCACUGUCAAACAGACCCGAGCUACCCUUAAUGUUUUUACUUAAACCUGUGCUUUUCCUAACGUGUCAACGUGGGAUGGAUGGUUGAGAUGCCCAUGUUAACGAUGUGCAAGUGUUCUCGUCAUCAGACAACUUGAGAUGACUGCAGAGUUGAUCGUGUGAGGGUUAAAUUUGGCUUUAAUUGUACUCAACGACGGACUUUAGCUGGCAUGAGGUGUCCAUGUUUGCUACGAGGGUACCAAGAGUCGGAUACAGCAGCGCUUUCUGAAAAGUCUGCGCGUCCCAGUUGUGAUCACAACUUGGAUGUUGACGUCAGUGAUAUGACAUGAACAGCAUUAGUGUCCCCAGGAUACAUGUAUUGUGUUGUAACUCAGUUCAGGUGUUGUGUACAGCUUGCAACUGACCGCUCUUAAUUUCCUUGUGUUUUUUGUACAUACAGCACAUUCCUUUAUGCUAAAUAUGUGCUGUUACAUUGGUGGAUAUUUUACGAAAUGUUUUUGUGCUUUACGUAUUUGCAGCGAUUAUUUCUAAAUGUAACAUGUUGUCAAAGUGAAGAAGAUGUUUGGUUCCUUAAAGGAUGAGGUCGACUUACCUUUUAUAUUUUUCUUUUUGAAACCAGCGAUGUGUUAGUCUGUCUCUUAAUACUCUUCUCUAACCUGUCUGUGUCUCACAGCCCCAUGCUCAUUCAUUCACACUGACGAUUUAAAUCUUUACUAAGUUUUGCAAAUAUAAAGUUUCAGUUUUAAAGGUCAGUAAUUCACAGCUGGUCACUGUAGGGAGGAAGUGCUGCAUUUGUUGGGGACUAUUUUCAGCAGCAGAUAAUUAAUAACAGAUUUGGAGCUCUAAGUAUUUACCACAGGAGGUCGGUGUGUGUGUGGGGGACUGAGUCUAAAUAACUACAGUGUGUGUGUUCAUGUCAGCCUGUGCAACAGUGUGGCUCAUUUAUGUGUUUUUAAUAACAAUGGAGCACAACUGUGGCACAGAGGAAGAAGAUCCAUCAGGAUUUGGAUACACACACAAAACCUGUUAGUAGAUACACUCAGUGUUGGUUUAGGUCUGUACAGGAGAUAUGUUGCCAAUGUUUCAGUGUGUUGAGCUCUCUUGGUCACCAUAUAUAAUGUAUAAUUUCUAAGCUUAUAAAAAUACGUUGUCUAAAUCUACAAAAUCUGUUUGCAGACUUUCCGAUUUUCCUGAGUCACUAAGCCUGUAUAAGGAGUGAUGUAUUUCUGAACAGUGGAGGGUUUUAUUUAUUUUAUGACAAUGCUGAUACAAAUCUGUUGUAACUCUACAAGUCACUGUAGUCUAGACACUCAACACCUACUGGUCUUUAAAGCCUUGCAUGCAUCAACAUGCCUCAGAGCUGCAAGUGUUGCUUAAUCCACAGGUUCCAUGCUGUAAGAUAGAAAUGAUAAACAGUCAAAAACACUCAGGGACAGCUACUGUAUUUUAUCAGUAGCUAAAUAAAUUCAUUUUCACA